AUGGGCGCCCCGCGACCCGCCUGCACAAAGCCGCGUCCCGCGUCCCGCGUCCCCGCUGCCGCCGCCGCCGCCGCCUCGGGCCGCCGCGCGCGGCCCCUCCUCCUCGCCGCUCGCCGGGCGCACCGUCCGCGUUGCGGCGGCGGGGUUCUCGGAGGAUUCCUGCAGGGGAGGAGAAGCGAGGCACAAGUCAGCUCGGGCGGCACCUGGGGAAGGAAAACACGCCCCGACACACGCGCCGCUGCGGGCGCCAAAAAUAACCGCGCGGCCGCGACGCCCACCGAGCCCCGCGCUCGCCCGACGCUUGCCUCACGCGCGCCCAGCGGGUCGGCCCUUAGGACUCCGCAACGCGGCGGCCACGAAGACACGACUCCCGCGAGUGUCCCCGGGUCCCCGAGGCUGCCGCGUGCAGAGCCCGGUCACGUUUUCCUCAGGGUCACAACGGAAGCCCGCGGUAGUCCCUGGGCCGUCUGUCAUGCGACCCCGGGGGCAACCCCCCUGUCACACACUCCCCGCCCUCCCCGCAACUUAACCCCGCGCCUUUCGCCUCCCGAGCUUGGCGCUGCCCCCUACAGGCUGCCCCUAACCCACGGCGGGCCACCGUCGCGGCUGCAGUCGCCCUGGCUGGGCAUCCGGCCGCUAGGACCUCGCUGUCCAGCAGACGGCAGCUGCAGGUCGGUCGUGGAUAACACCCCCCCCCCCACCGCCGCCCCAGCAGCUGCCGCAACUGCCAAUCACCCGCCCGGAGCCCGGGGGCCCAGCCCUGUCCCCCAGCCCCGCACGCGGAACUCGUGCCUUUCAGGCCAACCCCAGCAAAGGCCGGGAGGACGAUCCCCUCUGGGCUUCCCAGCCGGGUCAGACCCAUUCCACAUUCUGGAACCCGUGCCGCUCCGCUCCCUUGGCUCCAGAACUGCACUGUGCAACUGGUUGCCAGGAUGCUGGGGCAGGAGGUGA